AUGUAUAAUAUAGCAUUGCACCUUGGUUAUCAGACUUCAAGGGAAAGUUUUUCUGUGCUCUGGAAACAGGAAAAUGUUUUUGUCGAAUUUGACUCGAAGAAGAGAAAUUUGUACUUCCAUUUCCCUUAUCUUUCUGAAAAGUACAAGCUUGAAAUCUCUUACGAGAACAUUUGGCAGAUUCAGCACCAUCAACCACGUGGUCAAGCUGAAAAGUUUCUUCUCAUUCAGUUACUUGGAGCUCCUCGGAUUUAUGUGAAAGAUCAUACUCGUCAUUGGGUCCGAGAAGUUGAUUUCACUCCGUCGUGCUGCAUUGGCCAAUCUUCUGCUCUAUGUUUGGAGGUUCCACAGAAGGAACAGAUUCCAAAAUUUCAUGGAGAUUUUGUGUCUUAUAAGAAAAAUGAAGGCCCUUUUGUUUUGAAGCGAGGUUCUACUCUCUCUUGCAACUCCGGACUAGUCCCUAUUGUGAGUCCUCCAGAAGGCUUUGACUUGCCUUAUAAAAUCUUGUUUAAGAUCAACUCUUUAAUUCAGCAUGGUUGUCUUCCUGGCCAAGAAAUUGAUGCCAAUUUUUAUCGGUUGGUCGAUCCUAAGAGAAUAUCAAUUGUUGAGUACAUAGAAAGUGCCUUGGACAAACUGUCUAAUGUGAAAGAAUGCUGCUUUGAACCUGCAAGCUGGGUGGAGGAUCAGUAUAAGAAAUAUGCCAGUUCGAAGCGACUUCCCAAACCUACUGCUAAGUCUUUAGAUGAUGGGUUUGUAUAUGUACACAGGGUUUUAAUAACUCCAUCUAAAGUAUAUUUCUGUGGUCCAGAGGUGAAUCUCUCCAAUCGUGUGUUACGCAAUUAUCAUGAGUAUAUUGAUGACUUUCUUCGUGUUUCGUUUGUUGAUGAGGACUGGGAUAUACUGCACGCAACAGUUUUAUCAUCGUGUGCAUCUUCGGCAAAAGGGGAGAGGCGAACUGGCAUUUAUGACAGGAUACUGUCCAUUUUACGAAAUGGCAUAGUUAUUGGUGCUAAGAAGUUUGAGUUUCUUGCCUAUUCAAACAGUCAAUUACGAGAAAAUUCUGUUUGGAUGUUUGCUUCAAGAACUGGCCUGACUGCAUCAGAUAUCAGAGAGUGGAUGGGUGAUUUUCGCGAGAUUAGGAAUGUGGCAAAAUAUGCUUCCAGAUUGGGUCAAUCUUUCGGCUCUUCAAGAGAAACAGUGAGCAUUAGUAGGCAGGAAGUUGAAAAUAUUCCUGAUGUAGAAGUUGUAAGGAAUGGAAUCCCAUACUGUUUCUCUGAUGGUAUAGGCAAGAUAUCUGCAGAAUUGGCUAGAGAGGUGGCUACAAAAUGUGGCCUAGAAAAUUCUGUUCCAUCCGCAUUUCAAAUUCGAUAUGGUGGGUACAAAGGUGUCGUGGCAGUUGAUCCAACUUCUUCAAAGAAGUUGUCAUUGAGAAAGAGCAUGUGUAAGUACAAAUCAAAAAACAGAAAACUAGAUGUCUUGGAAUGGAGUAGGUAUCGACCUUGUUUUCUUAAUCGUCAGAUAAUCACUCUAUUGUCCACCCUCGGGGUUAAGGAUCGAGUUUUUGAAAAGAAGCAAAAGGAGGCUAUAGAUCAACUAGAUGCCAUGUUAACAGAUCCGUUGAGCUCACAGGAAGCAUUGGAAUUGAUAUUCCCAGGAGAGAGGACAAAGGUUCUAAAGGAAAUGCUUUUGUGUGGUUAUCAGCCUGAUACAGAACCAUUUCUUUCAAUGAUGCUAGAAACACUUCGUGCAUCUAAGUUGAUAGAAUUACGGCUCAAAAGUAGGAUAUUUAUUCCAAAUGGAAGAUGUAUGAUGGGAUGUCUAGAUGAGACCGGGACAUUGGAAUAUGGUGAAGUAUUUGUCCAAAUUUCUCGCUCUAGUAGGCAGCUCUCUAAUGGUUUCUCCGAUAUGUUUCGCACUAGCAACUCAAACCCGAACAAUUUAAUUUUUGAGGGUAAGGUAGUUGUUGCUAAAAACCCAUGUCUACAUCCGGGAGAUGUGCGUGUUCUAAAGGCUGUUGAUGUGCCGGCUUUGCACCACCUGACAGAUUGUGUUGUUUUUCCCCAGAAGGGCAAAAGACCUCAUCCGAACGAAUGCUCUGGGAGUGACUUGGAUGGAGAUCUAUAUUUCGUCUGUUGGGACCCUGAUCUUAUUCCUCCUCGACAAAUUCAACCAAUGGAGUAUAUCGGAGCAAAAACUAUGCCAGUUGAUCAUGAUGUUACAAUAGAAGAAGUUCAAGAGUAUUUUGUCAACUACAUACUCAACGACCGUCUGGGAAUCAUCGAUAAUGCCCACAUUGUCUUUGCAGAUAGUGAGCUCCGUAGGGCAAUGAGUCCUGAAUGUAUUGAGCUUGCACAACUACACUCAAUUGCUGUUGACUCCCCAAAAAGUGGUGUUGUUGCCAAAAUUCCCCAUUAUUUGCGUGUUAAGAAAUAUCCAGAUUUCAUGGAAAAGUCUGAUAAACGCACCUACAAAUCAGAACGUGUGAUUGGAAAGCUUUUUCGAGAGGUGAAAGACCUUGCAUCGCUCACGAGCCCUAUGACACCCUUCACCUCAGAAGUAGCAAAGCAGUGUUAUGAUCCUGACAUGGAAGUAGACGGCUUCAAGGACUACAUCAGUGAUGCUUUCUAUUACAAAAGGGAGUAUGAUCGCAAGUUGGUGAGUUUGAUGGAUUAUUAUGGGAUCGAAACUGAAGCUGAAAUACUCAGCGGGCACAUAUUGACAAUGUCAAAAUCUUUUGGAAAGAGGAGGGAUAUGGAACAGAUUAAUUAUUCUGUAAUGGCACUAAGAAAGGAAGCAAAGAGCUGGUUCAACAAGGGAAGUGAGUCAGAUUCUGACACUGAUAUUGUUAAUACAAAAGCAAAAGCAAAAGCGUCGGCUUGGUACUACGUUACAUAUCACCACAGCUAUUGGGGUCGCUGCAAUGUGGGAAUGGAUGGAGCUCAUUUCCUCAGUUUUCCAUGGUGUGUCUCUGACAAGCUUAUCCAGAUCAAGAAGGACAAAAUGAGUAACAUAAUAGCUUGA